CGUACAAGAAGUGGAGCGACCCGGCCACGUGGGCAGGCGGGUCCAUCCCGGGCCAAGGCGACGCCAUCGGCGCCAAUGUCACCAUCGCGUGCGGGGAGGCCAUUCUCCUCGACACCUCCCCCAUCACCCUCACUCUCCUCAACAUCCGCGGCUUCCUGCGCGUGCUCGACUCCCCCGCGCUCCCGAAGAUCAACCUGUCCGCAGCGUUCAUAGUGGUGCAGGGGAACUUCUCCGUUGGCACGCCGCAGCAGCACUACAGGCAGAGGAUCAAGAUCACGCUCACGCCCAAUCCGAAUAACCGCGCGGACUAUCUGUUCACGGAGAACCUUCCGGCUGAGCCCGCGUUUCCGCGGAACCUUGGACACAAGGCGUUUGCAGUGGUGGGCGGCCAGGUGGAUUUCCACGGCAUGCCAGGUGGCAGCAGCACGCCCUCGUGGACGAAGCUGACGUCGACAGCUCAGCAGAACGACCUGGUGAUUACAGUGCAGGAUGACGUCAGUGCGUGGCCUCUGGACGCCUUCGUUGUUGUCACAUCCACCGACUACUUCCCCGACCAGGCCGAGGUCGUGGGGAUCAUUGAUGUGGUGGCUCUCCCUUCGGGCGGCUCGAAAAUCUUCCUGGAAAAGCCGCUCCGCCUGAUGCAUUUCGGAGAUCCCAAGGGCGUGCCGGACGGCUACGGGGGCUUCGUGGACCAACGGGCGGAAGUGGCCCUCCUGAACCGCACCAUCGCCAUCACGGGAACAGACGAGCCGGCGCCGUACCACCGGGAGGGCGGGCACUUCAUGAUCUUCAUGAGCAGCACGCCACAGUUCAUAGAAGGGGUGGAGUUUGCUCAGAUGGGGCAGCAGGGCAAGCUGGGGCGGUAUAACAUUCACUUUCAUGUGUGCGGGGAUGACGGGGGGCGCAGCGUGGUGCGGAAGAACGUGAUGCAUGACAGCAAGCAGCGCUGUGUGGUGGUGCACACGACCUUCAAUCUGACUGUCGAGGAGAACGUGGCGUACCACACGAGGGGGCACUGCUUCAUGGUGGAGGAGGGCGGCGAGACCGACAACACCUUCCUGCGCAACCUCGGCAUCUGGACUCGUGCAGUGGAGGUGCUCAUCCCGCUGUCAGCAGCCGACCCCACCAAGACGGAGGAGACGGACGACGCCCCGUCCACGUUUUGGAUCACCAACCCCAACAACAACUUCAUUGGGAACGUCGCCGCUGGCUCUGAAAACUCGGGCUAUUGGAUGGAGCUGAGGGACCGAGUGCGCGGAUUCACACUCUCCUACCCCGGGCUCAACGCCACCGUGCCUGCCAACGGCCCCUUUGGCAUCUACCGCGAUAACGUGGCUCACAGCAACCGAGGGCCGGGGUGGCGCACGUAUCCCAAGGGGGUGCGACCCAGGCAAACUUGGACCCUUGACUCUCAGAUCCCCCAGUGGCAGUGGAAGCCAUCUACAGGAACCAUCAGCGGGCUGCUGCUCUACAAGCAAUCCGGGGAUGGUUUGUUCGUGCACAAUUCAGACGGGCUCAUAAUCACCAACAGCACGUUUGCCGACAACCGCCAGGGGCUCAACCUGCUGGGCAACACGGGCGUGAAGGUCACUGACAGCCGGUUCAUUGGGGUGACCCCCAACUAUGGCAACCCCCGCAUGUGUGACUCCACACCUCAGAUGUGUGGGCCUGUCACCGGCUGCGACUUCCCCCUGGCUGCUGGGCAACAGGGGCGGUCACAGGGGUGGUCGCACUGGAAGAAUCCCAUCUUCGGAAUCAUCAUCGACCAUCCCACCUUUGGAUUCGACUUCGCCCGCGCCCAUGCCAUCUCCAACUGCCGGUUCCACGCAUAUGAUAGCACAUGCCGCCUAGCUGCUGCCAUUGGCGCGGGCAUCAACGGAGCUCCCAAGGACACAUGGGCCACGGCCACCAGUGUGCAGGCUGUGACAGGCACACCCGGCACCAACAUGCUUUACUUUCCUCCUCGCAACUUCACCUUCCCAGGAGGAGAUGUGAACAUGGGAGGAGAGGCAACAGAUCUGUACACUCUUUGGGACAAAGACGGCUCUCUGCUCAACGCCACUGCCGGAGGCUACCUGCUGGCCAACAACACCGCCCUGCUGCCACCCACCAAUCGCUUCCCUGCUUGCCAGCCCGUGCCCGCUUGGAAUGCCUAUGCGUGCCCGGGGACGUGCUAUCGCACCGUCAUGUUCACUUAUCUGGAGCCGGAGUUUGCUGUUUAUGAGAACAGCAGCGUUCCUGACACACGCAAGCGCGGGGACUUCAGCUACCUCGCCAUUCGGCGCAUAGAGGACGACACAGUGAUCACAGUGGACGGCAAUCUGCGGUCGGUGGGCAACAUGUGGGCGGCAGGCCAGCGCAUCUUCGUGGUGCCCCUGCUGGCGAACGCCACCUACGAGGUCAACAUAGGGUUACCGGGUAACAACCGCGCGUUUUUUCCCAGCAACAUCACGGUGCAAGUGCGCGACAGCAACGGGUGUGGCGGGCCGGUCACCCUGCGGGUCCCGGCCAAGCAGAGCAACCAAUGGAUGAUCAACGAGGAGCAAGAUGUGAACUGGAAAGCCUGCGCCGGCACAGCAGACAAGGCAGCGGUGCAGUUCUCAUUCGUGUGCUUCAAGUUCAAGCCAACCCUCGAGCUCUUUUUCGACGGAACCUCCUCCAAGCCAAUCGUGCUCCGCGCCUCCGCAAACCCCGUCACCGGCUGCCGCCUCCCCUAUCGCUGCGGCCUGGUGGCACCGGGGUCCACGUGGGCAUACGAUGUCAGUGGCAGGGAGCUGCAUGCAGCAAUCUCGGGCGCCAUGGGCUUCAGCUCUCCGCGCUUCAACGAUGCCAGCUGGUCGCGAGGCCCGGCUAUCAUUGGCUAUGUGGGAUGGCGGUGGGGUGGCAUCAACACAUGGACGCCCCCUUCAGGAGAUGCACUCCCCACCUUCUACUACCGGCGGCCGUUCCGAGUGGCCAACAGCGCGUGUGCCACGGGGCUGUAUGUGGAUGUGAUAGUGAACGAUGGCGUACUCCUCUAUCUUAACGGGGUGGAGAUGCUCCGAGUCAACAUGGCUCCCGGUGCCGUCAACGUGUCGUCCAGGGCCCUGUCAAACCAGAACGUGUGGGACUACACGUCCUUCUUCAUCCCUCUAAAUGCCACAGCUCCCUUCUCUCUCGCUGAGGGCACCAACCACAUCGCCGCUGAAUCACACGCCGCCAUCUGGACCACCGAAAACUUCUUUGACCUCAAGCUGUCCGCCCAGAUGGAUAGCGCAACAUGCGCUGGCGUGCUCAUUCUGCAGGAGGUGUGCGACGGGCUCGACAACAACAACGAUGGCAAGGUUGACAUAGACCCACUGACGGAUCGUCUUCUCACGCGCCCGUGCCGCAACCCCUGUGGGGCGGGAAUAGAGACGUGCAUCGAUGGGGCGUUUCAGAACUGCACCGCUCCCGUGCACGGGCCUGAAGUCUGCAACGGGGUGGACGACAACUGUGACGGCCUCAUCGACAACUCGCCCUCCCCAGCCGCCCCUCAGCUUGACUGCGCCAGCGGCUCUCUCUGCUUCAAGGGGCAGUGCCUCCCGUAUGGCCCUCUCACUGCACCUGUCACAGUGAUCAACAAGAGCGCUGCUGGCUGGCUGUACUACGACAAGGGGUACCUGCCUCAGUCCUACCCCACCUGGAGCACCAACAGCAACGUGCCAGCGCGUCUGCUCAAGGAGGGUGCAGCUCCAUUCGGCUUCAACUCAGCGGCAGCCACGGCCACAAACCUCUCGCAGCUCACCAGUGGUGACUCCGCCUACUUCUUCCUCAAGAGCUUUGCACUCACGGAGGAGGAGGCCAACACCACCUGGAGCUACUCUGCGUCCGUCCAGAGGGAUGACGGUGCUGUCCUCUUGAUGAAUGGAGCCGAGUUCUUCCGCUCCAACAUGCCUGCUGGCCCCAUCACCUCCGCAACCUUUGCUGCUACCGGCACAUGGGGUGCCGAUAAGACCACCUUCUUCAAUAGCACACCCUUCCGAUCCAUCGCGCAGUUCUUGCAGCCCGGAACCAACUGGGUGGGAGUGCAGCUACACCAGUCGCGCUGGUCCAGCGAUGCUCUCUUUGAUCUCGAGCUCACCCGCCAUGCCAUGCGCCCCUGCUCCGCUCUCGAAGGCUCGCCCGCUGCCUGCGUGCGCACGCCCCCGGCUGACACUCUGCUGCUCGCGCAAGGGUCCACAUGGGCCUACAAUGACGCCUCCCUCCCACCGCCGCCCGCUGACACUUGGUAUCUGCCCUCCUUCGACGAUUCUACAUGGCUCAAAGGCCCCGCGCCCCUAGCAGCGGGCAACAACAGGGCUGGCACCAACCUCACCCUCAACAGCACCACCAGUGGCUCACGUGUGGCACACUACUUCCGCCGCGCCUUCACUGUCACCGACGCUGCCUGCCACGUGGCCCUCACCGUCUCCUUCAACAUCGCUGAUGGCGCUGUGGUGUACCUGAACGGCGUCGAGGCGUACCGCUUCCAGAUGCCGCCCCCCUCAUGGGGCCCGGUCACGCCGGCCACCAACGCCACGGGCGGCUAUGUGUGGCGGUGGGUGCCGUCUGUUCUGUCGGGCGGGUGGCUGCAGCAGGGGGCGAAUGUGAUAGCCGUGGAGGUGCAUCAGCAGAGGAGCACCAACACUCUGCUCACGUUCGACGUGCAGGUUACCAGCAAGAGAGAGGCUGUUGCCUGCACCCCUGCCCCACAGUAG